AUGGCAAAUAUUUCCAAUACAUCGUCCCACUUGUCAGUGUUAGUGUCAUCACAAGAAGCCAUCUUUCGUGUUGUGUACCUGACUCUCGUCUCCCUGUGGACAGUGGUCGGCAACGCACUAGUCCUUGUGGCAGUCUUCAGGUUCAAAUCCCUGCGGCGCGCUACCAACGUCAUGCUGGGGUCCCUAGCGCUCGCAGACUUUCUUGUGGGCACCGUGACGGUCCCGCUCUACACUCUGUGGACGGUUAACCCCGUUGUGUUUGACAGAUCGACGUUCAUGUGCGGGCUGGUUCUUCUAAGCUGUCUUCUUGUAGUCACCGCUUCACAGAUUAGCUUGAUAAUCCUCUCCAUAGAACAAUACUUCGCCGUCUGUUGGCCUUUCCAGCACCGGGACGCUCUGAUACGGUUUCCAUGGUUACACGCCACAACCGUCACUUUCACCUGGGCUAUAAGUUUUGUAACCACAGGUUUGUCUUUCUUCGCCUUCAACACCGAAGCCAAAACUUGCAGUUAUUACGGAACAUUCGACAAAAAUUUUCUUUUCAUCGCUUCCAUAGUGGGCGUCACCGUACCGUUUAUAAUCAUCAUAUUUCUAAACCUUAAAGUCCUCUGCACCGUUCGCGACCACGACAGGAGAAGGUUUUCUUUGACAUCCGAUAAAACAUCGGACAGGCUGGUUUCUCGCUCUUCCACAUCCGAUGCGCUGUCCUCAAGUUAUAGAGACGACUCACAAUCUUUCAAAAGCAGCAAAACCACAAUAGCAGACGAAAUGAAAUCGUAUACCCCAUCCCUUCAAAAUUUAGAUCCACCACAGAUACAAUUCGUAAACACACGGUCAUCCGAUUUCAACCAACACCAAACGUUUGAGACAGACCCAGGUCUAAAGCGUUGUAAAUGGAAAUCCUUGUUUUUAAAAUAUUUCGAUUCUUCUACUCUCACACAAGGAGAAACCAGCCCUAACUCUAGAUGCCAACAACAAUUAUCCUCUGAAGAAUCUCAAGACGAUGUUUUUGUUGUCGAUCGAGACAACGAUUUCUAUAACAAGAAAAUAAGCUUUAUUUCCAUUGAAGACACUGCAGUUGGUAAUAAAGAGAGGUACUCAUAUACCCAAAGCAAAAAGAUUCCUACUGACGAUGCUUCAAGGUUAGAUCACAUUUCGUAUCCAAUGAAGCAAAGCAAGUUGAAUUCAACUACAAAGAAUUCGAAUUCUACUUCAAUCGUAAGAAUUCGACCAGGCAGCUUGCAAAUCAAAAGUACGUGUGAUAAUAAUCUACAGCUUAGAGAAGCUAUUUCUAUAUCUGUAAAUCAAGAUGAUCGUAAUAGUAGUAGGCAAGUUCAGAUUGCGAAUGACGAAAGACAUAUUAGAGGUAUGUCUUCAAAGGAUAUAGGACAAUAUGACAAUGAAACUAAAAGCAUUAGUCAGUCACAGUCGGACGACAAGGAGAAAAUUAUUCUGAAGUUGAAUACAAUAUCGGACCAAAAAAACGAUAAAGACUAUACAACUUUGGCUCAAGUUGGUGUAUUGGAUGACGAAAACAAAAACGCUGCCCAAAAUUCAGACGUGCUUUCUCCUCAACGUGAAACACCCGAAUUUUUAACACGAGGAACAGGAAACAGACAGAAUAAAACAGAAACUUUAAGCCAGAAGUUUUCCAAGACUAGAAGUUUAAGAGGAGUAAGCUUCGAAGCGGACAAAAGCUCUUAUAAGAAACAAAGCACUUUGCGGAAAUCUUACUCACUUUCAAGCGCCCAAGACUACAAUCAUAAGUACCCCAACUACUGUGUGGGAGCGUCGAGUUCUGUGACCACGCUCAGCGAAGAUUCAAAGCCCCGGGGUCGGGCUAGGGAGGGGAGUGUCGGCAGGUUCCUGUCCCCGAACAACAGCAGCGCCAGCAGACGUGUCGCCAACAUGUUGGCACUCGUCUGUGCCACGUUCAUCCUGGCCUGGUGCCCGUUCUUCGUCGUCAUCAUGAUCAACACGUUCUGCGAGGGCUGCCAUCUGACCUACUUCCUGAACGCGGUCAUCAUGAUGGCCUUCACCAAGUCUGGCACCAACCCUGUCGUGUACGCCCUCUGUCACGUGGCAUUCCGCCGGGCCUACAGCAAAGUCCUGGCCUCCUUCUGUUGUUUGAAGCGAAGUAACAACAAGCUGCAUCGUAGCCAACGGUCGAGGCAAAAUUUUGCUUAG